AUGGUGUUAGCCAAGAACAACAACCUUUGUUCUUGGGCUCCCAUAUUCGCAGUUGCUCUUCUAGUCAUGGCUACUGUUUCUUUCUACGAAGGAGUGUCAGAUGAAGUGAUGAGCGAUACGACUGGAGAGACAUGUGUGGCUGACUAUGAAUGUGAUCAGGCAUCGUGUGGAGUUAGGUGCCAGAUCAUGAAGAUGGACCCAAGUGCAGCCCGUUGUGAGAUUAAGGCCGAAUCAAUUCCCUAUUGUUGUUGCCACCCACAAUUACAUGCAGCGCAUGACAUAUGA